AUGCAGAGAUCACGCAGGGCUCUUCUGCAAAGAAGAGCUUUGGAGAAGGCAAUAGGUGGAAAGACUCACUUGUAUAAAGUUUCUCUUUCUCUUGUUGUUCUUCUUUGGGGCCUUGUGUUUCUCAUGAAUAUAUGGUUUGGCCAUGGCGAUGGUCACAAAGACAAAUCUCCUGAGUUCCCUUUUGGUACAAAAACGGGGGAUGAAGAUCAAAUGGGGUCCGAUAGGAGUCCCAUAUUACAGGUGGAUGAAAAUCGUGUAGUGGGAAUUCAUCCCGAAGACUCUAUUGUUCAUUUGGGUACAGAGGGUGAAUCAAAAAUCAAGUCAACAAUUGUUAAGUCUGAACGGGUCACUGCAGAGCAGACUGCGGCCAACAUAUUGGACUCUAUGGAGAAUCCUAAGGACACUUCUAAAAGUGACAAGUUAUCUCGUGCAGUCCUUCCAGGUCUCGAUGAAUUCAAGAACAAGGCAUUAAAUUCUAGAACUGGACAUUUAAGUGGUGAGGCUGGAAACAUUAUUCACAGAGUGGAGCCUGGAGGGGCAGAAUACAACUAUGCUUCUGCCUCUAAGGGAGCAAAGGUCCUGGCGUACAACAAGGAAGCAAAGGGUGCUUCUAAUAUCUUAAGUCGAGAUAAAGACAAGUACCUUCGAAAUCCUUGCUCUGCCGAGGAAAAGUUCGUUGUCAUAGAACUUUCCGAAGAAACAUUAGUGGAUACAAUUGAAAUUGCAAAUUUAGAACACCACUCAUCUAAUCCGAAAGAUUUUGAGCUACUUGGAAGUCCUAUUUAUCCAACUGAUUCAUGGGUUAAACUUGGAAAUUUCACUGCUGGUAAUGUGAAACAAGCUCAGAGAUUUGUUCUUACAGAGCCAAAAUGGAUGAGAUAUCUUAAACUGAAUUUAUCGAGUCAUUAUGGUUCAGAGUUCUACUGUACACUGAGUGUUCUAGAAGUGUAUGGAGUGGAUGCUGUUGAGAAAAUGCUUGAAGAUCUGAUCUCAGUUCAGGAUAAGAUAGCAGUAUCCGAGGAACUGGUUAACGAACAGAAACCUACAUCCAACCAGCACAUGACUACAGAGAGUGAUCGUUGUCUAGACGCAAUUGAUGAACCUGUUAAUGAACUUGGAAACUCUAAUGGUAAACAUGGAGCCACUGGAAUCGAUGUGCCAGACCCAGUUGAAGAAAUUCGUCGUCAGCAGGUUAAUAGGAUGCCUGGGGAUAGUGUUCUAAAAAUUCUAAUGAAAAAAGUUAGAUCCUUGGAUUUGAAUUUAUUGGUUCUGGAGCGAUACUUAGAGGAGUUAAAUUCCAGAUAUGGUAACAUCUUCAAAGAAUUUGAUAAAGAAAUUGGAGAAAAAGAUGUCAUUUUGGAAAAUAUCAAGUUAGACAUAAGGAGUUUCUUUGACAGCAAGGAGGUCAUGAGUAAGGAGAUCACUGACCUUUUAUCUUGGAAAUCUCUUAUUUCCAUGCAAAUCGAUGAUAUAAUCAGAGACAAUGCUGUUCUCAGAUUGGAGGUCGAAAGGGUUCGGAAGAAUCAGUUGCACAUUGAGAAUAAAGGAAUUGUUAUAUUUCUGUUAUGUAUAGCUUUUGCAUUCUUAGCUCUUUUAAGGAUGUUGACAGAUAUGAUUUUCACUGUUUAUGGGUCCCAAAACUCCAGGAAAUUUUGUUCAAAUGGGUCUUCCUGGUUUUUCCUAUUAAUGAGCAGUAGCGCUACUAUGAUAAUCUUAUCUUUGUAA